CAAACUCCUCCUCUUCUCUUCCCCUGUGUUUAUGUGAUUAGAAAAGGAGAAGGAUUCUUCUGCCAGAGAGAUUGGGCGAAAAGCCAUCUGUAGUUGUUGCUUGCGGUAGAAGCUUCUUCUUCUUAUCUCUCUGUUUUUAUUGAAGAAAAAAAAAUAAAAAUACAAUCCCAAUCUGAUUAGGAAUCUCUAAAAUCACGAUUUCAUAACGCUUUCUUGCAAGGAAUUCUCCUCCAUCUCUAAGCAAUCUCUGUUCUCUGUUCCUCACAUUUGCUGUUUUAUCCAUCAACGACACCGUCCGUUGAAGAUAAAAUACACAUGCUUUCUUUUCUACCGUUGGAUUGAGGUUGUCAUCUUUUAGAAAUCAGUUUUCCUUCCUUCCUUUUCAUGAUUUUGGUUUCUGGGUUUUUUUGAUUUUUUAUUUUCGAUUACAAAAAUUCCUGUUUGGGUUUUGGAGAAAAGGCGGUUUUUUCCCCCCUUUGUUGGGUUUGGGAGAUUUGAAGAGUUUGGGGUUUCGUUGCUGGUAUCUUUGACGGGUUUGUGAGAAUUUGGGGUUUUGUCGAGGGAAUCGUUGUUGGGUGCGAUAGAUUUUGAUGGGUUUGUGUUUUUUUCGCUGAUAUCCUUGUUGGGUGUGAUAGAUUUUGAUGGAUUUGUGGGUUUUUCAUUGAUACCCUCGCUGGGUUUGGGAGGAUUGGGUUUUUGUUGGGUUUGAGGGUUUUUUUCUUUUUUGGGAAAUUGGAGGUUGUAUUGCUGAUAUCAAUUUUGGGUUUUAGAAAAUUUGAAGAAUUUCUGGUUUCAUCGCUGAUUUUUGUGGCCGUGAGAGAUUUUUGUUUUUCCUUUAAAGGUUGUCGUGAUUGUCUGAGGAGAUUAUGAAUGGAGUUUUCUAUAUUUCAUUUUGCUUGAAUUCAGGCAAAUCAGGAUUCCUUCUGUGAGGAUUUAGUUGCAAAAUUCAGUCGGGUUUUGGUGGGAAUUGAUGCUAACGGAUUUGUAGCACUGGGUUUUGUUGAUUGGGUUUUCAGUGAGAAGAUUUCGAUAUUUGGGAUAAGAUGAGUUCGAUCGUUACUGAGGAUUUUGUUCCUGGAAGGAAGCUUGUGGUCCACGUUGCGGAGAAUGGGCGGACGUUCGAGCUGGACUGUGAUGAAUCGGCGCCUGUUGAGGCGGUCCAACGAUUCAUUGAGUCAGUGUCUGGAAUCCGUUUCUGCGACCAGCUUCUUCUCUGCUUGGACAUGAAGCUAGAACCCCAACAGCCUCUUUCAGCCUAUAAGCUUCCUCGUGAUGACCGAGAGGUCUUCCUUUACAAUCGAGCCAGAUUGCACCAGGAUUCCCCGCCCCCUCCACGGGAGCAAUUUGACAUUCCUGAGAUCCCUGACCCCCCAUCCCCGUCCUCUUCCCAGAAUCCACACGCCUUGGACGAUGCAUCGGAUCCGGCUCUUAAGGCCCUGCCUUCCUAUGAGCGGCAAUUCCGCUACCACUUCCAACGCGGGCAUGUAAUUUAUGUCCGCACCCAAAGGAAAUUUGAGGCUUGUGAGCAGCUCUUGAAGGAGCAAAGGGUACAAGAGAGGGCCUUGGACACUGCAAGGGGUAGCAUGGACCAUUACUAUCAGAUAGUGCAUCAGAUGUAUUCAGAUUUUAUGAAGUGUUACUCACAGCAGCACCGGUACCAUUCAGACCUUUUGGUCAAUCUCGGGAGGGAUAUUGAGAGACUGCGGUCGUGCAAGCUCCAUCCAACUCUACAAACAGAAACCCGAAGGUGCUUGUUGGAUCUCUUGAAGGAAGAGAAUCUGCCAAAGUGGGCAGAGGUCUGCGCCGGCUCACACCGGCAGUUUGAGACGAAGAUCACAACACAACUCAAGCCGGCUUUUACUGAGUUGAAGCGCAGGGUUGAAGAUCUCUUUUCAUGCACGGCUUCUACCAGUAUUAGGGAUGUGGAGACUAUGAUUAAAGAUCAUCACCGCUAUCUCAAUGAGCAAAAGAGCAUAAUGCAAUCUUUGAGCAAAGAUGUCAACACCGUGAAGAAACUUGUGGAUGACUGCGUGAACUGCCAGCUAACAGCGUCGCUUCGUCCUCAUGAUGCAGUUUCUGCCCUUGGUCCCAUGUAUGAUGUACAUGACAAGAACCACAUACCCAAGAUGCAGGUCUGCGAUCGGGCAAUCACCAAGCUUCUAGAGAUGUCCAAGAUUAAAAAGAAUGAAAUGAACCUGUUUGUGCAUAACUGUAUGCAAAAAGUAGCAUAUAUUCAGUAUAUUAUCAAAGACAUCCGUUCACAGUUUCCAGUUUACAAGUUGGCAAUGGAACGUCAGGAUGGUCAGUUCCAACAUCUACAAGUGGUCCGUGGGAUCGGGCCUGCAUAUAGGGCUUGCCUUGCAGAAGUCGUAAGAAGGAAGGCUUCGAUGAAGCUCUAUAUGGGCCUGGCUGGACAGCUUGCUGAUAGGCUCGCAGCAAAGAGGGAAGUCGAGGUUAGAAGGCGAGAGGACUUCUUAAAAGCACAGGGCAUUUAUAUACCUCGUGAUAUACUAGCAUCAAUGGGAUUGUUUGAUUCUCCCAGUCACUGCGAUGUUAAGGUGGAUCCUUUUGACACCGAACUGCUGGAAGUUGAUAUUGUCGACUUGGAUCGUUAUGCACCUGAGUAUUUGUUGGGUAUGGCUUCUAAGGCCGAGAGACAUGCGAUGUCAAAGGGUUCUAUUUCUGGUGAUAGUUGUCAUUUGGCUGAAUCAGGAGAAAAGUCACUCGAGAAAUCUGAAUCCGAAGAGCUUCUUGACUGUUGUGAGUCAGUGGAGAUUGCCGGAACAAGCAAGCUGGAGGUUGAGAAUGCACGGCUAAAAGCUGAACUUGCCUCAGCACUAGCGCAGAUCUGUUCGUUUGGCCUUGAGUUCGAAUAUAUGUCGUUGGAUGACAGUAAGCUGGAUACUCUACUGAAGAACAAUGCAGAAAAGACAGCUGAAGCUUUGCAUUUGAAGGAUGAGUAUGGCAAGCAUCUGCAGUCCAUGCUAAAGAUGAAGAACAUGCAGUGCUUGUCAUAUGAAAAGCGCAUUCAAGAGCUUGAGCAGAGAUUGUCCGAUCAGUAUCAAAAGUUUUUGGGCGGUAAGGAUGCCUCUGAGUCCUGCAAGUCGGAAGUAUCCGGUAAUGAAGAAGUCAACAUGCCCUAUGUUUCGACCGAGCCCAUGGAAGAGGUCUCUUGUACAUCGGCAUCCUUAGAUGCAAAACUGGCCCAGUUCUCUGGACAGCCUGGUAAAGCCCGAGAAGGCGUAGAUGAAAAUAUGGCUGAUUUUUUGGGCAUGUCGAAUCAGCAAGCAGUCAGUUCUGCACGCAACUCAAUGGAUUCGUCAAUGCGUGAGCAGCAUCAGGAUGAGCUGCAAGUGGGUGAGAAAUGUGGGAAAGAGACUGCCGAGAGCAUGGUGGAGCCUCCGAACAUCACAUUGCCAUGUGGAACUGCCGAGGAACUGGAUUCAGCCUCUAAACCUCAGGAUGAUCUUUUGUUGGAACUGCAAAAUGCACUUGACGAGAAAUCCAACCAGUGUAGUGAGACUGAAAGCAAGCUCAAAGCCACUCUGGAGGAGGUUGCUGUCCUUAGGAGAGAUCUCGAGGUCAGCCGGAAGCUUCUGGAUGAAUCUCAGAUGAAUUGCGCACACCUAGAGAAUUGUCUGCAUGAAGCAAGAGAAGAAGCUCAUACCAAUCUCUGCGCUGCUGAUCGGAGGGCCUCUGAAUAUAGUGCACUGCGUGCUUCUGCUGUGAAGAUGCGUGGGCUGUUUGAAAGGCUUCGCAGCUGCAUUAAUGCUUCGCCCGGACCAGCUGGUUUUGCUGACUCAUUGCACUCUUUAGCUCUUUCUUUGGCCAGCCCCCUUAAUGACAAUGAAGACGAUGGUACUGUGGAGUUCCGGGCAUGUGUCAAGGUCCUUGCAGAAAGAGUUGGUUUGCUGUCGCAGCAGCGUGCUCGUCUCAUUAAGGAACUUGAGGAGAAGAAGGAGCUGGUUCAAAGCUUAUACACGAAGCAUCAACUCGAGAAACAGGCGAACAAGGAGAAGAUUUCAUUUGGACAUCUCGAGGUCCAUGAGCUCGCGGCCUUCAUCCUCAACUCUGCUGGCCACUAUGAAGCAAUCAACCGGAACUGUUCAAACUACUACCUAUCUGCAGAAUCAGUUGCCCUUUUCACAGAACACAGUCCCAGUAGACCCAGUUACAUAAUCGGGCAGAUUGUGCACAUAGAACGGAGGACCGUCAGGGCUCCAGCACCCAUCCGGUCCAAUCAAGGUGAUCAAGUGAAUCUGCUGAGUGCCUCCAAUGUGGGUGGCAGCCGCUUGGGUCCUGUGCCAGGCCCCACGUCGAACCCGUACGAUCUGCCCAUCGGAUGUGAAUAUUUCGUCGUAACAGUAGCAAUGCUACCUGACACCAUUCAUUCCCCAGCUUCCUGAUCCUGCUGUGGGCAGACAUGAUGGAAGAAUCUCAACUGUACAUAUAUAAAUAGACUUUGGUGGAGUUAACUUUCUUUGUACAGCUAAUCUUAACUCUUCAGUUUCUUUUGUAUAUGAACCCAUCCUUAUGUAAUUAGAUGUGAAUAUCAUCCAUCAGCUCUGUAGAUGGUUUGUGGGGCCCACCACCACUCAUCAAUGGUUCAAAGGAGAGAUUCUCCCAAGUCACUUGAUAUCUAUACAGACUGCUGUUUUUUGGUUA